AUGAAAGUUGCUUGCGGUCAAUUUACUGUUUCAUCGAACAUUGCCCAUAAUUUCCAGAUCAUCAAAAAGCUUAUUACUAAAUCAGUUCAAUCUAAUGUGGAAGUCCUUUUCUUACCCGAAGCUUCAGAUUACCUUGCUAAAAAUGCUGGUCAUAGCUUUAGAUUAUCACAAAAGACAAACGAUUUGUUAGUCAAACCAAUCCAAGAAGAAUUGAAGAAUUUGAAUUCCAAAAACAGCAAAUUAUCGAUUUCCAUUGGGAUUCACGAACCUGAUUUCAAAAACAAUAAGACCAUCAAUAAAUUGUUAUGGAUCGACAACGAAGGGAAAAUUGUUCAUGAAUAUUGUAAAAUCCAUUUAUUCGAUGUCAACAUUAAGAAUGGUCCUAUUCUAAAGGAAUCCAAUUCUGUCACACCAGGAAACAAGAUCCUACCACCAUUUCCAAGUCCAGAUCCAAACUUCAAUAUUGGAUUUCAAAUCUGUUAUGAUAUUAGAUUCCCCGAAUUAAGUACAUUGUUAUUCAAGAAAGGUGCUAAUAUUUUAACAUUCCCAAGUGCUUUUACUGUCAAAACCGGUGAAAGCCAUUGGAAAAAUUUGGGUAGAACCAGAGCUAUCGAUAAUCAAAGUUAUGUGAUCAUGGCAGCUCAAUGUGGUGAACAUCAAUUGGUUGAUGAGGACGAGCCCAACGGUGAAGAGACCAAAAGAAUCAGUUAUGGGAACUCAUUGAUUAUUGACCCCUGGGGAGACGUUCUCGUUGAAGGGUUGAAGUAUAAUGAUGAUUUACCCAAAGAUGAAGACGGUGACUAUUACGAAUUAUGUGUUGCUGAUUUGGAUUAUGAUAGAUUAUCAAGUGUACGUGAAAAUAUGCCCUUAUUAAGCCACAGAAGAGACGUUUAUUCUUUGAUUGAAAAUUGA